UAAAUGUAAUACACAAUGACAGUAGUCUUUAUGUUCUCCAAUGCCUGUAGGUCUUAUCAAAAUAUUGACAGGCAAUGUUACAGGCACGAUCGGAAGUGUGAAUAUUUUAUUUUGUUAAGCAUAUCUGUUUUGAAAGUGAAAAACCUGCAUCACUUAUCCACAUUCCUUCGUGAUAAAGUAGAGUCAGUUGGACACUAGCAGGACAUUUUCGCAGCCAUUAGGCUAGGCAGGCUCUCAUUCCAGACUUUACCUACAUGUACUGAAUUUCUGAGUAGGAAGUUUGACCUCUUACUGGGUUGUUGACAUGUACAUGUAGUUGCGCAGGAGUGUCACCCAUUGAAUGUGAUGUAUUGAAUGUGCUGCUAUUUAUGGUUAUGGUUGUCUUAUACUGUCCAGACGUGAAAUGCUAAAAGUCUGUUCAUGCUUGCAUUUUGAUUAGUUGGAUUGACAUGUACAUUUAUAUGUAGCACCACACAUUGUUUACAACGGUCUUGUGUAACACAUACGUACGCUGUCAUCUUAGUGUCAUAUCAUAUGAAACCUGUCAUGCAGCAUUUAGUUAUGAUCAUAGUUACACAUAGUUUCAUGAGGAUCAUAGUUAUGUGCCAGCUAUUCAUGAAGAUCAUAGUUAUGUGCCACCUAUUCAUGAGGAUCAUAGUUAUGUGCCAGCUAUUCGUGAAGAUCAUAGUUACACGCUAGUAGCUCAUGAGGAUCAUAGUUAUGUGCCAGCUAUUCAUGAAGAUCAUAGUUAUGUGCCAGCUAUUCAUGAAGAUCAUAGUUAUGUGCCAGCUAUUCAUGAAGAUCAUAGUUAUGUGCCAGCUAUUCAUGAAGAUCAUAGUUAUGUGCCAACUAUUCAUGAGGAUCAUAGUUACACGCUAGUACCUCAUGAGGAUCAUAGAUAUGCGCUACUAGUUCAUGAGGAUCAUAGUUAUGCGCUACUAGUUCAUGAGGAUCAUAGUUAUGCGCUACUAGUUCAUGAGGAUCAUAGUUAUGCGCUAGUAGUUCAUGAGGAUCAUAGUUAUGUGCCAGCUAUUCAUGAGGACUAUAGUUAUGUCAAAGUUUAAAUUGUGGAUACCGGCUGAACAUGGAAGGAAGGAAGCCACCUGCAGAUGGUCCUGGAUUUCCUGCAGAAGUGACAGAUUGCUUCUCACUUUCUGCAGAAAUGAUAAGUAACUUCCCACCAUCUUCAGAAGUGACAAGUAGCGUCCCACCAUCUACAGAAGUGGCAAGUAGCUUCCCAUCAUCUACAGAAGUGACAAGUAGCUUCCCACUAUCAACAGAAGUGACGAGUAGCUUCCCACCAUCUGCAGAAGUGACAAGUAGCCUCCCACCAUCUACAGAAGUGACAAGUAGCUUCCCAUCAUCUACAGAAGUGACAAGUAGCUUCCCACUAUCAACAGAAGUGACGAGUAGCUUCCCACCAUCUGCAGAAGUGACAAGUAGCCUCCCACCAUCUACAGAAGUGACAAGUAGCUUCCCACCAUCUACAGAAGUGACAAGUAGCUUCCCACCAUCUACAAAAGUGACAAAUAGCUUCCCACCAUCUACAGAAGUGACAAGUAGCUUCCCGCCAUCUACAAAAGUGACAAAUAGCUUCCCACUAUCAACAGAAGUAACGAGUAGCUUCCCACCAUCUGCAGAAGUGACAAGUAGCCUCCCACCAUCUACAGAAGUGACAAGUAGCUUCCCACCAUCUACAAAAGUGACAAAUAGCUUCCCACUAUCAACAGAAGUGAAAAGUAGCUUCCCACCAUCUACAAAAGUGACAAGUAGCUUCCCACCAUCUUCAGAAGUGACAAGUAGCCUCCCACCAUCUACAGAAGUGACAAGUAGCCUCCCAUCAUCUACAGAAGUGACAAGUAGCUUCCCACCAUCUUCAGAAGUGACAAGUAGCCUCCCACUAUCAACAGAAGUGACGAGUAGCUUCCCACUAUCAACAGAAGUGACAAGUAGCUUCCCACCAUCUUCAGAAGUGACAAGUAGCCUCCCACCAUCUACAGAAGUGACAAGUACCUUCCCAUCAUCUACAGAAGUGACAAGUAGCUUCCCACCAUCUUCAGAAGUGACAAGUAGCCUCCCACCAUCUACAGAAGUGACAAGUAGCUUCCCACCAUCUACAGAAGUGACAAGUAGCUUCCCACUAUCAACAGAAGUGACGAGUAGCUUUCUAUCAUCUACAGAAGUGACAAGUAGCUGUCCACCAUCUACAGAAGUGACAAGUAGCUUCCUACCACCAACAGAAGUGAUGAAUAGCUUGCCACCGUCUACAGAAUGACAAGUAGCUUCCCACCAUCAACAGAAGUGACGAGUAGCUUCCCACCAUCAACAAAAGUGACAUGUAGCUU